CUCCGCAACGAAAGUGACAUUUACGGUGCGGUCGGUGCGGUACUGGCGGUACCUUGCGCGUUUCCGUACCACCGCGAAAAAAAUUGGUGGUCGACAAUGCGUUAGGGGAGAUAAAAACCAACGUGCUUCAGAUGCUACGUGAGUGUUUGAGACAUGGAUAACGAGGCCAACGAAGCCGACGACGCCUUGAGACUGGAACGACGUGCCAUCAAGCGCAUCAUCGAUGCCAAGCUCAAGGCGAGGCCAGAGCUGUUUGAGCAGGAGGGUGAUGGCUGGAGCAAGCUGGGCUAUGCAAGCAGCUUCAACAUGGAGCCAAACUCAUUGCCUGAUAAUGUCGAGCGCAUUCAUGUUGGCUGCGUGUCACCCAAUGAGUUCAUUGAGAAGUAUGAGAAGCUCUACAAGCCUGUUGUCAUUCAGGGAGCCACCGAUAACUGGAAGGCCCAGUACAAGUGGACCCUGCCAAGGUUGGCAAGGAAGUACCGCAAUCAGAAGUUCAAGUGUGGUGAAGACAAUGAUGGUUACAGCGUCAAGCUCAAGAUGAAGUACUUUGUCUACUACAUGGAGAACAACAGAGAUGACAGCCCCUUGUACAUUUUUGACAGCAGCUUUGGCGAACACUCGCGGCGUGCCAAGCUGCUGGAGGACUAUCAAGUGCCUGCCUACUUCACCGAUGACCUGUUCCAGUACGCCGGUGAAGAGAAGCGGCCUCCGUAUCGCUGGUUUGUCAUGGGCUCUGCCCGUUCAGGCACUGGUAUCCACAUUGAUCCCUUGGGAACCAGCGCCUGGAAUGCCUUGGUGCAUGGCCACAAAAGGUGGUGCCUGUUCCCAACACACACGCCAAAGGAGAUGCUGAAGCUGCGGCCUGAAGAUGGAGGCAAACAGGGUGAUGAAGCCAUCACGUGGUUCCGUCUGGUCUACCCGAGGACGCAGCAGCCAUCCUGGCCUACAGAAUGCAAGCCACUGGAGCUUGUGCAGAAGCCCGGCGAGGUGGUGUUUGUGCCGGGCGGCUGGUGGCAUGUGGUGCUCAACCUUGACCACACCAUCGCGGUGACGCAGAACUUCUGUAGCCGCACUAACUUCCCCAUAGUGUGGCACAAGACGGUGCGAGGAAGGCCAAAACUCUCGCGCAAGUGGUACGAGGCACUCAAGGAGCAUAGGCCAGAGCUAGCUGCUGUUGCUGACAAGGUGGAUGUGUCUCGGGACUCUGGUGUCGCCUCGGACAGUUCGUCGGGAUCCAGUUCAUCAUCAUCAGAUUCUUCCUGCUGUUCGAGCUCUGACGAAGACUCUGGCAAAGGGAGCCUAAAUGGCUACAAACGCAAGAGGAAACGCUCCUCAAGCAGAGAAGACCGCAGGGAUCACAAGCGGGGCUGCAGCAGGUGUUGAGAAAGUGUUUCCAUAGACUGGGUGCAAGUGUGUGCAUAAUGCGAAAAAGGGGAGAGAGUGAAUAGUCUAGUGUCACCGCCUGUGCCAGUGUGCCGGUAGCCAGGCGGCAGUGGACAUUGGCGCCUAGAGGCAUCUGUUCUUGAGACUGAAAGCACCAAAAUCUACAUCUCGCCUGUUACUUCGCUUUCCCUCCUUUUUUUUUUUUUAAAACUUGUCAGAAGAAUGUGGCACUGCUCGCUCACGUGCCAGUAGAACUCCAGUCACGAGCGCUGCUGUCCAAUUUUAUUUUUUUCUCCCGCUGAUCGGUGUCGCCACUUGGACAGAGCCUCGAUUCUGCAUUAUGAUUACAUUUUAAGUGAUGUAUCACUCUUCCAUUCAACUCUCAUUAUUUAUGGCACUUAGUGGCCAUUCACGUUCCUUCUGUGCUCAUGCUGCCAUUCGUAAAAGAUUUUUUCGUACAUCAUUAUUCACACGUAAUAAAAGAGGUUAAGAUUAUUUAA